AUGGGGAACACGACGCAUUUGAUCCGUGCCGCACAGCCUGCUGAGAACCAGAUGGAGGAGCCGGAGGGACGCAGCCGGCGAGGGGCUUUCCGGGCACGCGCCCUGGAGCCGCCGGCGUCGGUCGCCGCGGCGGUUUCAUCCCUGACCAUCGCCGACGCGUUCGUCAGGGUCGGCGAGAGCCCCGCCCCGCCGCUCCCCGCGCUCCCUAGGAGGUUCAUCUGCUCCUUCCCGGAUUGCAGCGCCAGUUACAACAAGGCCUGGAAGUUAGACGCGCACCUGUGCAAGCACACGGGGGAGAGACCAUUUGUUUGUGACUAUGAAGGGUGUGGCAAAGCCUUCGUCAGGGACUACCACCUGAGCCGCCAUGCCCUGCUUCACACUGGAGAAAAGCCUUUUGUUUGUGCAGCUAGUGGCUGUGAUCAAAAAUUCAACACAAAAUCAAACUUGAAGAAACAUUUUGAACACAAACACGAAAAUCAACAAAAACAAUAUGUGUGCAGUUUUGAAGGUUGUAAGAAGACCUUUAGGAAACAUCAGCAGCUAAAAACCCAUCAGUGCCAGCACACCAAUGAGCCACUGUUCAAGUGCACCCAUGAAGGCUGCGGGAAACACUUUGCUUCACCCAGCAGGCUGAAGAGACACGGGAAGGUCCAUGAGGGCUAUAAAUGUCAAAAAGAUUGUUCCUUUGUGGCAAAAACAUGGACAGAGCUCCUGAAACAUGUGAGAGAAACCCAUAAAGCUACCUUGCUGAGACCCCUGCUCCUCGGCAAGAAUGACUUUAUGUAAUAUAAGAACUUGGGAGACUUGAGACAAAUAUUUAAGCAAUAAAAACUGGAGUUAAUUUCCUCUGAAAUUUCUGACUUAUGUAAAAUCAUAAGGUUUUAGGUAUUGAAUAUGUUAUAUAAUUGGAUAUUAAUGUUUUCUAUGUGAUAAUAUCUGGGAAAAUUGAUUAAAAUUUUUU